AUGCCAAGACCGACACAAACUGCAUCAGUACCGAACAUUUCUUACGUACCAAUUACUAUACAUCCGAUACACAGGUCCUUCAAACCCAUCACACACCAAGAAGUGAAUCGGAUCGUGCUCAAAGAACGCAAGCACAAAGACGAGAUUGAACGGCUUACGCAACGUGCUAGCAGCAUGUUCAAUGCCUGGACGAUGGCAAUGGUCAACCAGAGCAGCGUGCUGGUGUGUGGCCUGGGCUCGAAGAGAGACCUACUAGUGCGGUAUUCGCAGCAGGAGUUGGCCAAGUACAAGAUGGUGUAUGUGCUGGGCUAUCAUCCGGAUAUCACCGUAGGCAAGAUUCUCAACCAAGUGCUGACGGAGAUGUUUGGAUACACCGAAGUGUCGCGACAACCGGCUGACCAACUGGCGCUGAUUAAACGCCACUUCAGGCAAGAGUCGGCGACUCUAAUGGCGACACAGUACAACGUUCCCAAGGGACACAAG